AUCUUUCCAAAUUUCCUGUCACUAUUGAACUAACUAUCCGGUGGGAAGAAACAAGAAUGGGUCUCAAAAACGAUAAUAUUAUUAAUGUUGAAAGAAAAAGCUUUGAGAAUAAAGUGACUGGUUUCAGUAAUAAAACGAUACCAAACAAAGGCCCAAAAUUUGGUUCUCGUCACAUGCAAUGUGUUCUGGUUAUGUCCGGUCUGACUUUUGCAAUAGCCAUGAGGACAAAUCUAUCAGUUGCCAUUGUAGCUAUGGUUGAUAAUUCGACUAGUCCAAAUCCAGAAGUACCAACAUAUACUUGGUCAAACACAAGCAUUAUACUCUCUUCAUUCUUUUGGAGCUACGUAUCGUUGCAACUUGUAGCUGGAUAUUUGGGAAGAACCUAUGGUCCAAAAUAUUUCCUACUAUCAGCAUACCUUUUCAACUGUUGUGCCCAUAUUUUAAUCCCUUUAGCAGCCGAACAUUUAGGUUCAACAGGGGUGAUUGUAUGUAGAAUAUUUCAAGGCUUCGGGCAAAGCUUCCUUUACCCUUCUACUCACGUAAUGUUAGGACAGUGGGCGCCAUUUGAAGAAAGAAGUACUUUAGGAAAUAUAGCAUUUUCUGGUGUUGGUAUGGGGUCGAUAUUUGGAUCCACUGCAACAGGUUACAUAGCAGAGAGUUGGUUAGGAUGGCCCUACGUCUUUUAUAUAAUGGGAUCCUUAGGCCUGGUAUGGUCUAUUUUCUGGAUUUUGUUCGGCUAUGACAGUCCAGCGAAGGAUCCUAGAAUAACUGAAGAGGAAAGAAAGUAUAUUCAGUCAUCUUUAAAGCAAGAAGAUGAAUUGCAUUUACCAGUUCCGUGGAAGAAAAUAUUUACUUGUGUUCAAGUCUACGCCUUACUGAUAUGGCAUGCCAGUUCUAUAUGGUGUUACGGAUUGAUGAUGACCGAAAUUCCAACUUAUUUGUCCAAAGCGAUGAACUACAAUAUCAAAUCUAGUGGAUUAGUUACUUCAAUACCCACUAUCUUCAGUUUAAUCGGAGGUAUAAUUAUAGGAUACACAUCUGACUGGCUUAUUAACAACAACUACGUCAAAAUUUUGACAGCUCGAAGAAUAUUUUCAGUGAUUUCAAUCUUUGGUCACUCUGCCUGUCUAAUAUGUCUGUCCUUUUUGGAUUCAUCCCAAGCUCACUGGUCUGUCUUUAUACUAAGUUUAAACGGUGUAUUUACGUCAGCAUCUAUGGCAGGACCCUCGGUUGCGCAUUUGGAUCUGUCCCCGAGGUUCUCAGGAAUAAUAUUUGGAUUUUUGAAUGGAAUUGGUCAGUGUUUUUCCAUCCUGAGUCCACUAGUUGCACAGUGGGUUAUUACUGACCCGACCGAUGUUUCUAUGUGGAGGAUACUAUUCCUGUUUUCAGCUGGAUUUCUUGUUGUUGGGGGUAGUAUAUAUUUAGUUUUCAUGACAGCAACUAGGCAGGAGUGGGAUGGGCCCGAAAUACCACAACAGCCAAAGAACAAAAAGAUUUCCGUUGUCAGUUUAACGGGAAUUUAGUGACAUAAUUAAAGACUUUAGUAGUAUUAUAAGAAAAUAAUG